UCCACUAAACAAACUUCUACCCCUAUAUAAGGGCAAGCACGAGUUACCGAGAUUGGCCAGGCCAACAAAGCACUAGUACCCCCCCCCUGCAGCUGGUCAAUUAAAUUGAUGAUGGCUUCCGCUCAAAACCCUUCAGAUCAAAGUUGUCUGUCCUUGGACCUCGAGGCUCUAAGCUACAUCAACAGCCUCGUAGAAGCAUUCCGCGCCUUCGACUCCGACAGCGACGGGCAAAUCACCGUCGACGAGCUUCGAGGGAUCAUGGCAUCCCUCGGCUGCGAGAAGGGCGAGAGAGAGGCGAAGGAGAUGAUGAGGCACUGGGAUACGGACCGGGACGGCAUGCUGAGCGUGGAGGAGUUUCUGGAGGCGAACGUGGGGGCCGAACACGACUUCGGGGAGCUCGGCAGCCUGCUGGAGGCUGCGGCGGGUGCCCCAGUGGUGGUCAGUCGGUGCGAUGAGGACGGAGCGGUGGCAGCGGAGGAGAUCGCGAACGUGAUGAGCCGCAUGGCGGGGGUGAGCAUAGACGAGUGCAUGGAUAUCAUUGCUUGCUUGGAUGGGGACGGGGAUGGAGCCAUUACCCUCGAUGAUAUUAAGGUGGUGGCUGCAUUGAUAUAACUAACUAAUUUACUACUAGCAUGAAAAGAGUACAUAUAUAGUAAGUGAAAGCUUGCAUGCAGUGCGAUAUAUAUAUAUAUAUAUAUGUAUUGAAAAAAUGGCAAGUGUGUGAACUAAGAAAGCACGUAUGUAUGAAUAAUGGCCAUUACUAUGUCUCUCAAUAAAGACUAUGCUUCAAAAGCAACUGAGCACUAAA